UUUCACUGAACUGUCGAUUCUGCCUCUUGGUGGAACCAGGUUUCUAAGGUCUAAGGUCAAAAGCUUCAACAGAGCUUUCUAAAACACUGUCCUUCCGUCGCUUCACGCUAAGAAAAUUCUAUUAUAUUUCUCUUUGCGUUCUUGUUGUCUGCAAUCUUUGUUCUGUUCCAGAUUUUUAUUUUGGGCCGUUUAGAAUUUUAUUUAUCAGCGAAGAUGCAUUCGAAUCACUUGCUUCUCGAGGAGCCGAUCAGGAUGGCUUCGAUCCUGGAACCGUCAAAGCCUAAUUUUUUUCCUGCAAUGACGAAGAUUGUUGGUACUUUGGGUCCAAAAUCUCGAUCUGUUGAGGUUAUUUCCGGCUGCCUCAACGCCGGAAUGUCAGUGGCUCGGUUUGAUUUUUCCUUGGGUGACCCAGAGCACCACCAGGAGACCUUAGAGAACUUGAAGGCCGCUGUGAAGAGCACCAAGAAGCUUUGUGCUAUUAUGCUGGACACGGUGGGUCCCGAGUUGCGGGUUGUCAACAAGAGUGAAAGCUCCAUUUCACUUGUGGCUGACGGGUUUGUUGUUCUGACACCAAACCAAGAACGGGAAGCUUCUUCAGAAGUUUUACCCAUCAACUUUGAUGGAAUAUCGAAGGCGGUCAAGACAGGAGAUACCAUUUUUAUAGGUCAAUAUCUGUUCACUGGUAGUGAGACGACUUCUGUGUGGCUGGAGGUUUCUGAGGUGAAAGGAGAUGAUGUGGUUUGUGUGAUAAAGAACUCUGCAACACUUGCGGGGUCAUUAUUCACCUUGCAUGUCUCUCAAGUUCAUAUUAAUCUGCCUACCUUCAAUGAUAAAGAUAAGGAGGUCAUAAGUACUUGGGGAGUUCAAAACAAAAUUGACUUCCUCUCGUUGUCAUGUACACGGCAUGCUGAAGAUGUUCGCCAGACUCGUGCAUUGCUUUCUAAGCUUGGUGACCUCAGCCAGACACAAAUUUUUGCGAAGAUUGAGAAUAUAGAAGGAUUAACCCAUUUUGAUGAGAUAUUACAAGAGGCAGAUGGCAUUAUCCUUUCUCGAGGGAAUUUGGGCAUAGAUCUUCCACCUGAAAAGGUGUUCUUAUUCCAAAAAGCUGCCCUUUACAAAUGUAAUAUGGCUGGAAAGCCUGCUGUGGUUACUCGUGUUGUGGACAGCAUGACUGACAACUUAAGGCCAACUCGUGCAGAAGCCACUGAUGUUGCUAAUGCUGUUUUGGAUGGAAGCGAUGCAAUUCUUCUUGGCGCUGAGACUCUACGUGGAUUGUACCCUGUUGAAACAAUUUCUACGGUUGGAAAAAUUUGUGCCGAGGCAGAGAAGGUUUUCAAUCAGGACUCAUAUUUCAAGAAGACUGUCAAAUAUGUUGGAGAGCCAAUGACCCACUUGGAAUCUAUUGCUUCAUCUGCGGUACGAGCGGCGAUUAAGGUGAAGGCAUCUGUCAUUAUAUGCUUCACUUCGUCUGGAAGGGCUGCAAGGUUGAUUGCAAAGUACAGGCCAACAAUGCCAGUUCUAUCCGUUGUCAUUCCGCGCCUCAAGACGAAUCAACUAAAAUGGAGCUUUAGUGGCGCGUUUGAGCAGAUGGAAUUAAUUUUGUUCAAUGUUCAGGCAAGGCAAUCCCUCAUAGUCAGAGGCCUUUUCCCCAUGCUUGCUGAUCCACGGCAUCCUGCGGAUUCCACAAGUGCAACAAAUGAGUCAGUUCUAAAGCUUGCCCUUGAUCAUGGAAAGGCCUCUGGAGUUAUAAAGUCGCAUGACCGAGUAGUUGUUUGCCAGAAAGUUGGAGAUGCAUCUGUGGUUAAGAUUAUUGAGCUUGAAGAUUGAGACAUCUUAGCCACCCUACUUGUUUGCGGUCUUUUCUCCCGGGUAUUGUUAGGAGUGUAGAUUCUAUUACGGGUGCUGGUGAGGUUAUCACACGUUUUGAUACCUGGCAUUUGGUUUGAAAUGUACUAAGACCAUACACUUACAACCACUAAAGUAUUUUAUCAAAAAUGAAUAUCAUGGGUUAAGGUCCAUGACUUCCAUUUCUAGCCUCAAA